AUGUUCCUGAGCAUGUUGCGUCUCACGACGGUCUUCUUGUUCGGAGUAAGCUGCGUAGUCGUUGCGCCAGGGUUUGACGGACCAGAGUUUCCGUGGUAUCUUCCGGCAGCGAUUAUUGUCGGUGGCUCCCUACCCAUGCUGUUCGUCGCCUAUACAGCUGCUCCCUAUGUCAAUUUUGUACAUCUUGCGCUUCCAGUCUUUGCUCGACGAUCCCGCGAGCAGGCCAUUCAAUAUGCGAAAAAUCUUCCUCCGACGGCGACCCUCUACAUCAACACCAUGCGAUUUACAACCAUUCCGCGACAGACCGAAGUGCAGCUGGGAGAUCUGGUCCGCGACAGGAAACUGUUUCGCCCCAUUACGUUCCGCAACACGAACCCCAAACCUGUCCCCUGGUGGCAGGGGCGUCCGCUACGAGAAUUCUACGCGGAUGAGAAGAGUAAGCCCGGGAGGCAAACUUCGGCAUUCUAUCCUGAGUUGUGGGAGCAUGUAUAUCGACGGAUCCAGUCUAACCAGCCAAAGACAAAACACGGGAAAUGA